GAAAGAGGAGGCAUGCCACCUGAUGGUAUUCCGGGUUCUCUGUCGGACCGGAGCUCCAACUCUCCGGACGGCCGGGCCCGACCGGACUCAUUAGAGAGGCGGACCAGCUCACCCGGAUUGGUCGCAGGACCAGAUGCCCCACAACCUGCAACCUGGGGAUUAUGGAUCCUAAAAGGACGUAAUUUAAAGGACAACCUGCAACCUAGACGGAAGGACACUUAUCAAAGGAGAAACUACACUCACACUAGGAUGAGAAGAAGCCGACAUCAGAAGUAGACAGCUAGCCCAAGAUGCUGGACCUGACUCACCGGAAAGCACUGUGUUUUGGAGAUCAGAAAUUGAACCUCCAUGAGGUGGGAAAGGAAUUUGAACCCAAAGCUGCUCACCCAGUCCCUGGCUCCCUGGAUAUAUGCCUGAUCACAGAGAUGCCUUUGGAGGAAAUGGUCCAGCACCUCAAGGCUUGUGAUAUCCCCACUGAGGAGGGUCCAGUCCCCAGAACUGGGGCAAAAGGGCCCAUUAUGUCCAUCUACUUCCAAGACCCUGACAGAAACCUGAUUGAGGUGUCCAACUAUAUCUCCUCAUGAUGGAGGCUAGCUCUCUGCCAUCCUGUCCCCUGCUAUGUCACCCUCUCCCUUCCUUCCUGCAAACCCUCACCCAGGCCCAGAAACCUCUAAGGACUGAGAACUUAGGCACUUCACACAUCCUGCUGUGGGAUCUGAGGCGUGUUUGAAAACAACAUAUCUGAAUGU